CGACCGAGAACUCUGCUAAGCUCCGCUGCAGAGACAGGCAGGAGUAGACACCCGGGACACCCAGCACCCCUCCUCCGGGGGGCGGUGCAGAGGGGACACGGAGAGCCCCUCGAGCGCAGCAGGCCGCCCCGCCAGCAUGGCAGAAGCUGAGGAAGAUUGUCAUUCUGAUACUGUCAGAGCAGAUGAUGAUGAAGAAAAUGAAAGUCCUGCUGAAACAGAUCUGCAGGCACAACUGCAGAUGUUCCGAGCUCAGUGGAUGUUUGAACUUGCUCCAGGUGUAAGCUCUAGCAAUUUAGAAAAUCGACCUUGCAGAGCAGCAAGAGGCUCUCUCCAGAAAACAGCGGCAGAUACCAAAGGAAAACAAGAACAGGCAAAAGAAGAAAAGGCUCGAGAACUCUUCCUAAAAGCAGUAGAAGAAGAACAAAAUGGAGCUCUCUAUGAAGCCAUCAAGUUUUAUCGUAGGGCUAUGCAACUUGUACCUGAUAUAGAGUUCAAGAUUACUUAUACCCGGUCUCCAGAUGGUGAUGGCGUUGGAAACAGCUACAUUGAAGAUAAUGAUGAUGACAGCAAAAUGGCAGAUCUCUUGUCCUACUUCCAGCAGCAACUCACAUUUCAGGAGUCUGUGCUCAAACUGUGUCAGCCUGAGCUUGAGAGCAGUCAGACUCACAUAUCAGUGCUGCCAAUGGAGGUCCUGAUGUACAUCUUCCGAUGGGUGGUGUCUAAUGACUUGGACCUCAGAUCAUUGGAGCAAUUGUCGCUGGUGUGCAGAGGAUUCUACAUCUGUGCCAGAGACCCUGAAAUAUGGCGUCUGGCCUGCUUGAAAGUUUGGGGCAGAAGCUGUGUUAAACUUGUUCCGUACACAUCCUGGAGAGAGAUGUUUUUAGAACGGCCUCGUGUUCGGUUUGAUGGAGUGUAUAUCAGUAAAACCACAUAUAUUCGUCAAGGGGAACAGUCUCUUGAUGGUUUCUAUAGAGCCUGGCACCAAGUGGAAUAUUACAGGUACAUAAGAUUCUUUCCUGAUGGCCAUGUGAUGAUGUUGACAACCCCUGAAGAGCCUCAGUCCAUUGUUCCACGUUUAAGAACUAGGAAUACCAGGACUGAUGCAAUUUUACUGGGUCACUAUCGCUUGUCACAAGACACAGACAAUCAGACCAAAGUAUUUGCUGUAAUAACUAAGAAAAAAGAAGAAAAACCACUUGACUAUAAAUACAGAUAUUUUCGUCGUGUCCCUGUACAAGAAGCAGAUCAGAGUUUUCAUGUGGGGCUACAACUAUGUUCCAGUGGCCACCAGAGGUUCAACAAACUCAUCUGGAUACAUCAUUCUUGUCACAUUACUUACAAAUCAACUGGUGAGACUGCAGUCAGUGCUUUUGAGAUUGACAAGAUGUACACCCCCUUGUUCUUCGCCAGAGUAAGGAGCUACACAGCUUUCUCAGAAAGGCCUCUGUAGAGCCUCAAGUCCAGUCCUCUAUCACUUUUGCAUGAAUUCAAGUAUAUAGCGCAAAAGAGCACCUAAGUUAUAAAUGUAUGUGUAUAUAUAUAUAUAUAUACACACAUAUAUAUAUAUGGAAUUGGAACUUAAAUUGUUGGAGUUCUUUUAAGAAGAAUAUAAAUUGAUUAUUUUUUUUAUUUAAAGGGAUAGUUGAUUCUUGGGGUGUUUUGAAAUUAAGUUGGAAUUAAGUUGCUUAAGCAUAUUUAUGUUGUGAGAAACCUUAAUAUGAGGUUUAUCAUGCCCUUUUUCAAGCAGAUUUAUGAGCAGAUUUCUGUCACAUAAGUCAUCUUCUGCUUGAGCAUCCUAAUAUUUAAAUGCAUCAGGGGAGCGCUCCACUGGAUAAGCAUUUUAUUUCCCGCAUGGCAUAAUGUUUUUGCACUAAAGGCUCAAAGUGUGAGAACCUGUUCUGGACUUGUUGGAAAUUAUUUCACCAAUAAAGAUCAUAAAUAAAUGUUUCUUUCAAGAAAA